AUGUCUUUAAUAAACAUAUCUAAAAAAUCUUCUAAAAAAUCUAUAAACCCUGAUACACGAUUUAGAAAAUUUAAUUUUACUUUAUAUGAAAAACUUGAAACUUUUCAUGAUCAUGUUAAAAAAAUCUUUAAUAAAAAAACUUGUCCAUUUAAAAUAUUACAAUUUCAAUUUGAGCAAAACCAUAAUGCAUCAGAACCAGGAAGAUAUCAUGCACAAGGAUUUGCUAAAUUAAGAGAAGGAACUCAACAACGUGUAGGGGAAUACAAUUCAGAAACAAAAAAAGGUUCAGGAUUAAAGAUGAUUUUUGAAGCAAAUGUUCAUUUUGAGUUUGCUAAUGGUACAGAUGAAGAAUGUUUAGCUUAUACAUCAAAAGAUUAUGAUAGAUGCAAACUUCCAGAACAUAAUCCUAAUCCUAAAAAAGGAUUAAAAUGUAAAUGUGAUUUUAAAGAUCUUUCAAAAUUAUGCUCAUAUUGUAAUGAAAAUUGUGAAAGACCUUUCGCACGUAUUGACAAAGAUUCGACAAUAGCAGGACCAUUUUUAUUUAUUUUUGAUGAAUCUAAAUUUGAAAAAGAAAAACCAAAUUUUUAUAAAGAAGCAAUUGUUAAAGUUCUAAAAGGAGAAGAUGUAGAUGAAGGACAUACAAUAAAUGGUUUACGUGAUAUUGCAAAAUCACAAAAGAAAAAAAUUAUAAAUCCUCUUAGAAAUAUUAACAGAUAUUGGGAGCCAUGUGUUUUUUAUGUAUAUGGAGAUAAUGGAACUGGAAAAAGUGAUUUUUUUUCAGAAUUAUUUCCUGGAUGUUACGAAAGAGAUGAUAUGAAACAAUGGGAAAAAUAUAAUAAUGAUGAGUUUGAUUAUAAUCGUGAUAUUGCAAUUUUAAUAGAUAAUUUUUAUGGUGGAAUGUCCUGGACUAAUUUAUUAAAGCUAACAGAUAGAAAACAUUGUCGAUUUGAUGUUAAAUAUGAUAAAACUGAAAUUGUUGGGAU